AUCCAUCUCAUCCUCGUCCACCCACGAAACCCUAGCCCCCUUCUCUCAAUCGCCGCUGCCGCCUUCUCCCUCCCAGUUCCAAUCCAAGUCAGAGCGCUCGGCCUGCUCCCUCCGGCGACGCCCACCUCCCUCCAAUGGAGCUCGACCCCCACCCCCAAGCGCCGUUGCUCCACCCUCUCCCGCGAGGGUCUCUGCUGCCCACGCGUACAACCUCCGUCCCCUGUUGGUCUCCCUGCUGGCCCUCCUUCCUCGCCCCGGCUCCCUGCUCCGCCUCGACCGGCCAGCGCGCCGCCAUGAACGGCCAGCGUACCAUGAUUCAAGAUCCACCAUGCCGCCGUCUCACUGCUCGCCUUCGGCGAACGUAGCUAGCAGCACCCGAGCUAGGCGCCCUAUGGAUCCCCCUCUCCUCUUCCACGGGACCACAACCAACAGCUCCCAUCCUCAUCGCGAGCCCCUCCCCCCCGCAUCGCCAUCGCCAUCACGACCGGAGCUGCUCCCCAUCGCCAUACCUUACUGCAGCAGCAUAAGAGCUGCGGCCCACUUCCUCUACCAGCAUCGGAGCUGCGCCAAUCUUCUUCUCGCGACACCGGAGCCCCGCAUUUUUUCUCCAUGGCCGAUGACUGGUGUUGCUUGCCGCCUCCAACCUUCCGCCAGCAGCAGCACAAUGGCUCCACCCUCUACCUCCUACUCCGAUGAACGGCAGCAGCUAGACACGCCAUCCCUUCUCCAGGUUGAUGUGUGCUGCUUAGAUGGAACCUUGGCAGGGCCGUUGUUCCCAGCGAUGCAUCAACUGGUCGCAGCAACCACCAAGAAGACACCCAACUCCCGCAUCCCGAACUACCCGAGCCUGCCGUCGCAGCUGCUGUGUCAAGUCCACAACAUCACCAUGCAUGCUGACAAGGACGCUAACGAGGUCUACGCAUAGAUGACUCUGCAACCAGUAAACUCUGUAAGUACUAUCGGAAAUGGAGCUUGGUGAAGAUAUUCAGAACAUGCUGAACUGCGUUUUCUCUACAUGUGCUUUUAUCGGUUUGCAUGCUGCAUGUUUGAUGUUUUGCCUGAGCUGGGGACGAAAUGGUACCGAAUGCCUGAAACUAACAUUAACAGUGUUCAGUUUAAGUGUACAUUUUGAGAUCAGUGCCAGUGUUUAUAAACGCUCAAAAUCUGUACAGUAUUUCUUAGAUUAAUGAGUGCUUACUGUAUAAUUUAGGAAAGUUUUAAUAAUACUACAAUAGAUGCUAAUUAAACCAGGAAGUGAAGCACUACCAAACGUACCGUAUACAAUGUUCAGUUCAAGAAUUUUCAGUUUAGUGAUAGAGUUUAUCAUCAACCCAAAAAAUAUAUAUCUGAUUUCACAUUGACGAGUACUACUGCUUACUUCUCCCAUUCCUUGGCUGAAGACUUUGUUUUGAACCGAGCCUUGCAGUAAGGAGGGAAUGGUUGCGUCUGUUUUGUGCUUGGAUGCCUUCUCCUAGUUGUGCUAAAUUUGAGGUGCCUGUUUAAUUAAAAAGCACCUUUCAUCCCCACUGUGACGGUAAUGCAUUGAGGUGCCUCUGGACUGUAGUGUAUGUUGAUACAAUUGAGGUGUUCCUAGCUAGUGUCUGCACUUCUGUAUGUGUUUGAUGUGAAACACUUAUGCAUGACUAAUUGUUAAGUUAAUACAAUUUCUUUGCCAGACAAGCAUGGAAAUAUGUACUAACUUUCCUGAAAAUUGAGCUUUUCUUAACUAAUCAAGAACUCCCCUCAUUAUGUGAAACACCUAUGCAUAUGACUAAUUUUGCACGACAAUUCUGUUCAAUUCUGAUUUCUUUGGUAGUCAAUUCUGUUCAACUAUGAAACACCUAUGCAUAUGACUGAAAGCAUGUCUACAUCAGUACAACUUUGCAGGCAUAUUUUAUUGACUAGAUAUAUACGUGUUGACUGUUCGUCUGUUCCUAUGUACCGCAUAUUGUGUAAUGGAGUUUGCUUGUAUGGUGUUAGUGAAAAUGUUUGUAUGAAAAUAAUUGACAUUGGUGAUAGCUUACAUGGCCAUUAGAAAUGCGGAAGCGUACAGCGGCCGCGGCCGCCCAUGCCCUGCUUCUCCUGGUCUUUGUGUACCCUUCCCGCAUACUGUCUAUUUGUGAUUUGUCCUAGCAAGUUUCGGUUCAUGAGAAAUAACUUUCCAGGAUUCACCGGACGAACAACUACUUGUUCUAGCAUGUUUAUUUGAAGCAAUUUGUGAUUCAUGCUAUUUGAUGAACUAGUACCUAGGUCGGGAGACUAGCAGAACUUGCAAACUUUAGUUUUCUCACCAGUAGUCACUUAUCCUGCUGUUCAUGUCCAUACAGCAUUUGUAUUGGUUCUAUGUUACAGCUGUUGCAAACAAUUUAUUAAUGUGGGAUGUGGCUCUAUGUCCAGUUCUGUUUCUCUUUUAAAGAAAUCCCCUCUGCCUCUUGUGUGCAGCAAGUUGAUUGUUUUGUCUCUAUAUUAUUGUGCGGAUUGGCCAAGUAUUAGUCGAUCUGCAAGCCGGUUUAAGAGCUGGAUUGGCCAGUCCAAUUCAACACAGAGCUGAGUGUAUGUUGAAACUUUUCGUCCAUCAAGCUCCACCUCCGGCCGCGCCGACGAUGCCCUCGCCUUCGCCAACCUCCACUCCUCCAUGAGGUACGCAUGCAUUUCCGUUGCUAUUGCUCGCACUUUGUUCUUGAUGUAUUCCUUUGACUAAUGAACCUAGCAGCAUCAAAGUCCAGAAUAUCCAUACCAACAUGCCUUGGCUUGUUGAACCCUUGUGCUGGUUCGAAAUGCAGAAUUGAGAUAUUGUGCUGGGAGCAUUCUUGCUACAGUCAUCAGUUAGAUUUCAGCUUUGCAUCUUUUCAGCUUUAACUGUUGGUUUACAUUGAAAUUGUUAAGCAGGUAUCAAAUUGAGUGCAUAGUGUGCAAUUUGUGUUUAGUAAUCUAGUAUCUCAUCAGCAUCAGACCAUAUGUUUUCUUAUAAGCAAACUAUAUUGAUGGUUGAAAGAUUUUAUAUUCUUCUGAUGCGUGAUCCUUCUAAUGCUAGGUGAUUUGUUUCUUGGAAUUUGGAAGAGGAAGACGAUGAAGUGUCGUGGUUAUCUAUCAAUAUGCCUUGUGUUCUGGUUGUACUUCAUAGUUACAUUGUAUUUUGUACUGGUCUGGUUGUAUGAACACUAUGUAAAGAUUGUAAUAGGCUAAUUUUGGCUAUCA